CAACCUCAAUCCCUUCUUCAUGCAGUUUCCAGAGUUCCAUCAGAACUUCUCUUUAACUUUAAGCUUCUUCUCAUUAUCUUUCUGAAUUGUUCAUUUAAUCCGAUUUCUUCGGUUAGCUACUUUCUUUAAACUUUCCUAGCUAGCUCUCUGUGUCAUCAUCUCAAAGAUGGAGAAGAAUGUAGCUCAGUCUCCUCUCGAGAGGAAUGGGUUGGCAUCUCUGGAUCAGAAACUCGCCCUGGCAAAGAGAUGCUCUCGUGAGGGCGUCAUGGCUGGGAUGAAAGCAGCUGCUGUGGCGACGAUUGCUACUGCAAUUCCUACUUUAGCUAGUGUGAGAAUGCUGCCUUGGGCUAGAGCUAACCUCAACCCUACUGCUCAAGCUCUCAUCAUCUCUACAGUGGCCGGUUCCGCCUACUUCAUAGUCGCAGAUAAGACAGUUCUGGCAACUGCUAGAAGGAAUUCGUUCAAGAAUCACACUAACAUUCAAAUCUAACUUCAAAUUAGUAGGGAAUUGGGACUACUCCAGACACGGAUUAUCGAUCGGCCCCAGGCCAGAUGUUCCCUUUAUCACCUGUAAUAAGUAAUAAGAGUGGGUUGUUUUCAUUUCUAUGUAUGUAAGUCCCAAUUCAUAAAAAUUGCGUUUCGAUAGAUUAGCACUUUCUGGUUUCA